UUGUUGAUACCAAGACUAGUGGAAGAGGUUCUGUUCAUUCCAAAUUGUUGCUUGGCCUUUUUUGUGGAAUUUCAGGGUUUUGGGGAUUUCUGGAACAUUUUAGAAAGAUAUUUUUUGAAGUUUGAGGUUAGAGGGGUUUUUUCAUUGCGCUGUUAUCUUCUCGGGAUUUUUUCUACUGAUAGUUCGUUUUUUGUUCAAUUUUUUUGGCAAACCUUUCUGGUGGUGACAGGCAACAGGACUCUGACAUUUUGAGGAUUUUUCCUGUUAUUACAGAGGGAUUACUGCUGAAUGAUUAAUUAAUUGAUGGAGUUUAUUUAUGAUUUGAGGGAGUGACGGUUUUUUUAUGGAAACGAAUAGAUCAUGAUGGCUGAAAUGAUUGCAGAGGCUAGUGGAAUUGAUUGCAGUGUAAAUUUACCAGACGUUGUUGCUAGUAUGGAGUCGUUGACUGUUGACAGUGAAACGAAUGGAAGACAAAAUAGAUAUUCAAUGAGAAAGAGACACCCCAAGAUGACACAAACGACAGAGUCAUUAAAUCGCAGAUGCAGCAUUAAACCGAAGAAACGCAGUUACUCGACAAUGGAGAGUGAGGGAGAUAUUCGUGAAUACUACCUGGACAAGACAUGGAAGAAGAAUCAGAAUACUCUGGAAACGAUCUACGAGGAGAUCGAUGGAAUGAGUGAUAAUUCUACUUUGGUAAAGGGCAGGAAGCUCCGACGAUUCAUAACUUUCGAUCCAAUAAAUCAGAAAACGAAUGAGGCAAAGAUGAGGAAGAGACGAGCGAAGAUAAAGCGAGCAUUUGGAUCGAAAAUCCGUGCAAAACCAGCGAGUGUUGACAUGACUACAUUUAUCAGAAAAUUGAAUGAGAGUAAGAUACAAAAAACUCGAUGUCAACUACAAAAAAACAUUAACUGUGUAAAUAAUUGUGUCUGAGUGAUAGAAGACUGUCGAAAUGUUCAAUCGAUAUUUCUUUGAUACUAAUCUAAUUUAUGAUAAGGAACGGUUCAAUCAUUUAUUUCGUAUGUUGUUAGAAACUGCAUUUUUCAUUCAUUAGUGAUUAAUCAUUAAGAUCUCUCGCUAGAGUCAAAAGUUAAGAGUGAAAUUCUGUUUGCAUGAAUUUCCAUUUUUUUACUGCCGAAAUAAAUUUCUUUUUCGACA